AGCUUCCGACACGCACACACACACACACCCCGACACGGUGACGCGAAGCCCCCCAGAAGUCCUCCGAAGCCCCCCAGAAGUCCUCCGUGGGCCGGUAUGCUGCACUCCCUGAACCCCUGCCAGCAGCAGGCGGAAGGAUUCUGCUUCGAAAACAGCCGCAGGAAUGCUGUGCUGGAGUCCAGUUUCUCAGAGGGUUGCAACAAAGUUCCGAGUGCCAGAAAGACAGGGACCACCAUUGCUGGGAUAGUUUUCAAGGAUGGAGUGCUCCUGGGGGCAGAUACCAGGGCCACCGACGACAUGGUGGUCGCUGACAAAAACUGCAUGAAGAUCCAUUAUAUUGCUCCCAAGAUUUACUGCUGCGGAGCCGGCGUGGCUGCAGACGCAGAGAUGAUCACACAGAUGAUGUCAUCCAACGUGGAGCUCCACAUGCUCAACACCGGCCGACCCCCUCUGGUUGCCAUGGUAACCAGGCAGCUGAAACAGAUGCUGUUCAGAUACCAGGGUCAUAUGGGCUCUUCGGUGAUUGUUGGAGGAGUGGAUGCUACUGGAGCUCACCUGUACAGUGUCUACCCACACGGCUCCUAUGAUAAACUACCUUUCCUCACCAUGGGUUCUGGAGCGGCAGCAGCAGUUUCUGUGUUUGAGGACAGAUUCAAACCAAACAUGGAGCUGGAGGAGGCGAGGCAGCUGGUGAGAGACGCCGUGGCUGCAGGGAUCUUCUGCGACCUGGGCUCAGGCAGCAACGUGGACCUGUGUGUCAUCACCGAAGCUGGGGUGGAGCUCCUACGGGGCUAUGACAAGCCCACCCAGAAGGGGAAAAGGGAGGGAUCUUACAGGUACAAGCCGGGCACCACGGCCAUCCUGACCAGCUCUGAGACCCGGCUCCCCCUGGACGUGGUCCAGGAAUCGGUUCAGCUGAUGGACACUGAGUGACACAUUUAUGAUUUCAAUGUCUUCAACUGCAUUUGAACUGUACUACACAGAUUAAAAAGUAAGCACUGUUUCAUAAAAGUAUUAAAUAAAUCCUUAAAAGUCCCUGGUGGUGCUCUCUGGAUUGACCUGGAUGUGAACUGAGUUCUACCUGACCUGGUAGAAGCCUGUACUCUUCUAUAGAUCUUAUAUAGAUGCAAAAAGGAUCUAAUCUUAGUAUAAAGAUUAAAAAAAGGAUCGCAACAUAGUGUACUAUAGAUACAAAAAGGAUAUAAAC